AUGGGCCACUCAGAAAAUGAGGCCUCUUCAGCAACACUCGUUAUUCCCUCGUUGAUCUCGGGUGGAAUCGCCGGCUCGAUAGCCAAGACGGUGAUUGCUCCGUUGGACAGGACAAAAAUUAAUUUUCAAGUCUCCCGAACGAAACGUUACUCGUUCAAAGCGGCGUUCCGCUUCGUGAAGCUGACCUAUGUGAAUGAUGGCUUUCUGGCGCUUUUCCGCGGUAACUCGGCAACGAUGGCUCGGGUUAUCCCCUAUGCAUCUAUUCAAUUUUGCGCGCAUGAACAGUGGAAGAAUUUGUUGCAGGUGGACAAGAACGGUGUUCGGACGCCCGGGUUGCGAUACAUAGCGGGCUCACUGGCGGCCGUCUCGGCUACAAUAAUUACGUUUCCCUUGGACACGGCGAAGGCACGGUUGUCGACGUCAACUCGCGUGGAUUAUCCCACCCUCACCUCCGUUUUCACGAAAACCUGGAAACAAGGAGGCAUUAUGCCACUUUAUCGGGGCAUGUGGCCGACGUUGCUCGGAGUGAUCCCUUACGCCGGCACUUCUUUCUUUACCUAUGAAACGCUGAAGAUUAUGUACGAAGAGGAAGCCGGACAAAAGGUGACACCACUAUGGAGGCUGGCGUUCGGUGCGGUGGCAGGGUUGAUUGGCCAAUCAUCUUCCUACCCAUUGGACAUUGUCCGACGUCGAAUGCAGACGGGUCGCAUACCCAGAGAAUGGGGUGUUCUGGAAACCCUCUCGAAUAUCUUGAGCAACGAGGGCCUUCGUCGUGGACUUUACAAGGGUCUCUCGAUGAAUUGGGUGAAAGGACCGAUCGCGGUUGGCGUCUCGUUCACCACCUAUGACCACGACCCGCCAACAAACGCUCAAAUUGGCCGUGCCGGCUCGUCGACCGAAGAAGAGGAGAAGACCGUGCCGCCCAAACGCCGUCGCUCGGAAAACGGAUCCGCCAAGAAAUCGACGAACCAAGCGCCGCUGAAGCAGACAAUUGCGCAGCAGGUUUUCGACCGGGCUAUGCAGAUCUUCCCCGAGUAUAUCAAGACUGAGCAGGUGUUCCUCAAGGAAGUCCCGCCUGUGAGCUCGAUGGAAAUCAAAAUCGACGUCAAGGGUCGCAUUACAGAUGAACAGGCCGCUGAUCUUAUCCACAGUAUGAUCGUUGCUCUACUCAAGGCAAACAACACGUUGUCGCCUUUGUCCGGUGUCUAUUUGGUCACCCGUUACGUCUUGGAUCAGGUGCUCACUCGCGCCGUCGCCGAAGUGAAGAGCCCGCCCAAGCUGCAUGAUAAUCACGCUGGUGCCGGUCUCGACAUUCUCAGCCAGGUGGCCAAGGAACAGCAGGAAAAGCUGAAUGGUAACUUCCUCGCC